AUGUUUUCUUUCUUUCUUUCUUUCUUCUCUUUUUCUUUCUUUCUUUCUUUCUUUCUUUCUUUCUUUUUCUUUCUUUCCAUUCACUCCUUCCAGGAUUUCCAUAUUCUUUCUUUCUUUCUUUUUUUCUUUCUUUCCAUUCAUAUCCUUCCAGUCAUUCUUUCUUACUUUCCUUCCUUCCUUCACUCAAUUCAUAUCCUUUCCGUCAUGCUUUCUUUCUUUCUUUCUUUCUUUCUUUCUUUCUUUCUUUCUUUCUUUCUUUCUUUCAUAUCUUCUGUUUUUCUUUUUAUGUUAAUGUCUUUUGUUUUUCUUUUUAUGUUUGAUUUUUCUGUUUUCUUUCUUUCUUUCUUUCUUUCUUUCUUUCUUUCUUUCUUUCUUUCUUUCUUUCUUCAAUAUCUUUUGUUUUUCUUUUUAUGUUGUCUGAUUUUUCUGUUUUCUUUCUUUCUGUCUGUCUUUCUUUCUUUCUUUCUUUUUCUUUCUUUCUUUCUUCAUGAUUUUUCUUAA